AUGACGUUUGUGUUCCAAGCGCUGGCCCUGCUUGGCAAUGAGAUCGUACCGCAUCCGCGGCAAUCGUCCCCAAAUUCCAACGAUCCUGCCACACCCUUGGAGCCUUUUGUGAAUUCUGAUCUACGAGUCGACGAUGCCUUAACCGUACUUAGCAUGUGUGCACGAAAGCGGUUGCCUGCUCAGUUAGAUCACAUUGAACAACCUCCUUUGCGCGGUUGA